UCGGUCCAAUUUUAUGUGAAGGUCUUACUAUUUGGGAGUCGAACAGUUUUUUUACUACUAAUUUUCUCAAGUCCUUAAGAUAUAUUGUAUCAUUAGCUAUGUUGAAUUGUACUACUAUUUUUUGUGAAUCUUCAAAUUUAUUGAAUAUUCUUAUCAUCUAAAUUAUUUUUUGAUAAUGGGUAAAUGUGUUGACACACGAAUUCAACCUCUACCUAUCCCAAUGGCACUACAUUGAAGUGUGUAACCAUCUUAUCUAAAAGAUUAAACUUAAACUUAGAUGAGAUGGCGGCACUCCAUACUCUAAUAUAAUCAAAUAAGGCUUGGCAGGAUUUAUUUCAAAUCCAGCUGAUUUGCCAAUUUUAAAACUACAAUAAAGCAAUCUUUGAGAGCUUUGAACCAUCCUUGGCUAUAGCUACACUUGUAUAAGACCAAUUAUUGUUUAUGGGAUUCUUGGCAGUUCUUGAUAUAUGGCAAAAUUAGCCCAUGAAUACAUGACCUGCCCAACCCAUCCAAGUUUGAACGGGUUAAUGACUCGUUCAUUUAUUAACUCAACCUAUUUUGACUCAUCCAAUUCAGCUCAUCUAAAAGUUGGGUUGAUAUGUAGCUCAAAUUGAACCAUGAAAAACUUUGUCAAAAUAAUUUUAAAGAGAGAUUUUUUCGGUUUGAUAUGUUAUGUAUACCCAUAAAAAAGAAGAAGAAAUUAUUAGGUAAACUUAGCUAGCGUUUGGCCAUAGAUUCCAAAAAAAAAAAAAAAAAAUUUGAAAAACUUAAUUUGUGUGAAGUUUUUCAAAUUUUGAAAAUUUGUUUGGCCAUAGUUUUCAAAACAUAUUUUACUUUUUAUUUUGGAAAAUAUGAAACAUUAUUUGUACUCAUAAGUUCUAAACACUAUCAAGAAUACUCAAUCAUACAAAAACAUACAUACUUGCUAAUCUCAAAUUAUGCAGAACAUGAUAUUUAAUUACAAUUGUGUUAAUAACACACUUACUAGCUAUUACGAUUCAAAUUAUAAUACAAAGAUCUAUUUUUAUCUUAGGGAUUUCUACAGUUGUCAAAUCAAUUUCCUCUAGGGUUUCUUCUUCUACUAUUUGGGCACAGCUUAACUCGUUCACUUUAUAGAAGAGAUUGUUUUAAUUGUGAAAACAUGGUAAAUACGGCUUUAAUGGAGGAACAUGGUAGAUAGAAUUAGUUGGGUCAUAAAUAGAUGGGGUUUUUUUAUAAAAUACAAAAGUUUGGGGUAGUUUUUAAAAGUUUUGAAAAGGCCAAAACAUGGAUCUUGGCCCAAAAACAUGUUUGAGCAAGAAUUUGAGAUUUGAAGAUUUGUUUUCAAAAUCUGUCAAAAUUUUAUGGCCAAACAAAUAUUUGAAAACAAAUCUACUCCCAAAAUCUAUGGCCAAGCGGGGGCUUAUAAGUAAGAGUUGGGUAGGUUGGAUUAUGACUCAUUAUUUAGCCCAUUUCAACCGAACCCAUUUCAACCCAAGUAAGUUUUGGGCGGUGUCACUUAUUAACUUAGUCUAUUUUGAACUAUCCAAGUUCAACCCAACCCGCCUAUUUGACACCUAAGUUGUGGUGUUGAAACACAUAUUAUUGAAAAGAUACAAUCAAAACUGCAAUCUAGUUCUUCCUCUAUAUAUCUUCUCCUGAAUUUACUUUUACAUGACAUCAGUGGUCCUGCUGAACAACUUACAUGUUGUUCGACUAUAUAUAAACUCAACUAGUUGGUGAUGACAGGGGGAGUACGAUAACGUGUACCCUUUUGACUGUGGUCAAUUUGGACGACGUGGCUUCAAGAUAACAUCGCAGGAGAUAGAGGCAUUCAACAUGUGGAGUAGGCAUCAAGAAAAGCAGCCCUUUAGUGAACUUUGGAAGAGUCGAUGCAAAGCUAUAAUGGAGACAGCUCAAAUGCAUCUAGUUGUCGCCACUUUACUAAUGACAAUUACCUUCGCAGCUGGUUUCACGUUGCCGGGAGGUUUUGAGAGCGAUCCCAAUAGUCCUAAUAAAGGGAUGGCCAUUCUGAUAAGUAAAACAGCAUUCCGUGCAUUUGUUGUUUCGGAUGCCGUCGCCUUUGCAUGCUCCGCAGGAGCUGUAGUCAGCUACUUUCACAUGGCAACAAUUCAUAAUACUCCGACUGAAAAUACAAUGGUAGCUAUGUUUAAGUAUGCUAAUGUCGCAAUUCGUUUGCAGCUUGGAGCAAUGUCAGCCGUUGUAAUUACAUUUGUAACUGGUAUGUAUGCUGCUUUAGCACAUUCAAUUGGUCUCGCCGUUACUGUUUGUGCCAUCGGUUGCAUCUCUUUCCUUUUGUACGUGGUGGUUGCGUUUCGUAUUUCAAGAAAAUAGCUAA